AUGUCGGAAGCGCAAGACGAGAACGGACACCGAUGUUUGGGAUAUCCCGAAGAGAUAAAGAGGGAAGAUAUCGAGAAAUUGCCGUUGGACAAAGUUGGUCACGAUCGCGACGAACACGAACAUCACAACUACCACGAUGAAGAUAUCAAAGUCGAGAAAGUCCCCGUGCAGGUCCAGCGCACACCCGACGCACCAACUCCCCAUGUGGCUUCGGAAGCUACAAUGUCGCUCGCGAGCAUGGUCGAUUCAAAGCACGACACGACAGAAACUCCGAGUGCGCCCUCGCACAACAGCCACCAACCCUCGUCCGUACCCGCCCAGAAUACACCUUCUCCUACAGCUGUACGCAAAUCCGAACGACAUCGCGUUCCCUACUUCCGAUACUUUGGCCCGACUGCCAUUGUUCCUGGCUUCAAACAAAUGGUAGUUUCUGUGCGCGAUCGCAGGCGCUCGACGGCUGGUUCAAUGGCUGGGACGUCUCCUAUGUCAACACAUAGCGGAGCGCAAGGAAGCAGCUCAGUUGUUAGCGAAGCGGUUCACGAAGAACUGCCCACCUACGAUCCGAACGAUCCGGCUCCGGUCCAUCCUCUGAUCAUCAGUCUAGUGAACACCUUCUUUACACAAAUGGGUUCCAGUUACCCAUUCCUGCGACAAACCAAGUUCCUACGCAUGGUGAAAGAAAAGAGGGUUGAACCUAUACUUGUCGAUUCAAUAUGCGCUUUAUCGGCGAGAUUCUCCGACUCUCCAUCCCUCACAAAUGGAAACGACAAAAUGCCUAGAAUGGAACGUGGCUCAGUAUUUGCACAAAGAGCUCGGCAAGCUACUGUUGAUACGUUUCCCUGCCCAACAGUUGGCGCUGUACAAGCGUGUCUACUAAUGGCAUACGAAGGCUUUGGAGCAGGCCAAGAUAGUGCGCUUUGGAUGUACCUCGGCCUAGCUAUUCGUAUGGCUGUGGACUUGGGCUUACAAAAAGAGGUUGGAGUUCAGUACCAUGGGGAGAAGGACGCAUUGUAUUCUCAGAACUGGGGCCGUCCACCUGUCGAUGAAGGAGAUUCGGAAGCAAAGGCAGGAGAAUCAAGUCACCUGAACCCUCAAGAGCAAAAGGAGCUUGUACAAGAACGCAUGGAUACUUUUUGGGCUGUCUUUGUUCUUGAUCGGGUCAUCUCAUCGGGAACAGGUCGUCCUGUGACAUUCCGAGAUGAUGAUUUGGAACUCUCGAUCCCGGAACCUUUUAUUGACCCAGCUACGAACUGGCCAGCUCCAUAUCCCAUUUUCCUGCAGAUUAUUCACCUUUAUGGACGUGUUUGCGACGUUCUUAACAAGGUUCGCAACGCGCAGGAUCUCACUAAGGACACCUGGGAUAAGCUCGGCGAGAUGGAGCAUGAGCUGACAAGACUCUACAAGAAUUGGGACUGGCGCCUGCAGUUCAAUGUGAGCAACUUCAAGGCAUAUCUGGGAGCUGGCCAAGGCACGACCUUCAUCUUAUUACACUUUUGGUUUCACGCUCUAUUCAUCAUUCUUCAUCAGCCGACCCUCCUCACACCCUUUGCCGAGCUUCGCAGCGAGCUUCAGCUGUUACCGGAUAGUCGUGAGCUCAGUAUGAGCAGUGCGAAAACGAUUUGCGAUAUCCUAUCUUUCGCUGACCUGAUUGAUCCGAAGAGUUUUAUCGGGAACCCUUUCACUUGUCAGCCAAUCUAUAUUGCGGCUUGUGCCUUCGUAAUGGAGUCGAGUGCCAAUGCAUCCAGCUCACCCCCGCGAGCCAGCUCACCCCCUGGUGCCCAACACACUGCAUCGACGGGUAACAGAUCUCGAGAUGCAAAAUCAUCGAGACAUUCCUUGUUGGCUUCUGCAGCUAACCAGAAUUACCAGAAAUGCUUCAAUUCUCUACAACAGAUUGAACAGUACUGGGGCGGUGCUACGUAUAUUAUCACUGCUCUGGAUCAAAGGGCUAAGGGGAUCUGGGACUGUGAAACAUACACAGCGGAAGAGUAUGAAAGCACAAAGGCGCCUCGUAGGGGUAGCAAUGGCGCAUUGAACAACCCAUUCCCCAAAUUCGAGAAUAAGGCAUCCCCACGGCUGUCAGGGCCCCCUAUAGCAUGGACCUUGGCAGGAACAGCCAAUUCACCAAAUUCUAGCUUGACACUCAUGUAUCAAAAUCGAGAUUCGCCAGCUCAAACAGCAGCACAACCGACGCAGCCAAUGCGAGCACCUAGUACACCACCAGGCAAUAUGAUCUUCGACCCUAUACGCCAGAGCCUGCCAGAUUCGACGAACAUGCUCGCUCCGGCUUACCCCCAACAUAAUAUUUCGGCUGUGAGGCAAUCAUCUCGCCCUACUGCGCCUCGUCGGACGUCGAAUCUUUCAGCGACAAGUGGCCAAACGCGACCUACUGUCCAGUUUGACGGGGUUCCUGAGGAUAGCGAAAGCCACGACUUCUACACCGGACCUAGAUUCACACCCACAAGCCAGCCUUCGGCUGGAUUUGAUGCAUAUAGCGUCUCUCCACCAACGGCAAUGACAGAGAAUGGAGUAACUCCAGCCACUACACUCUCUGGAGCUAACACCAUGUACUUUGGCCAAAACAACUUCCCAUACACUAUGCCCUGGGCGAAUUCUAUGGGCAGCAUGGAUGGUAUUACAUUUGACAGCCAGGAUAUUGAUAUUGCUGCUUUGGGGCUGCAGCAGUCAGAUAUGAUGGGCCCUUGGUUAGACUAUUUUCCUUCGGACGUGCUGGGUCUUCUAGAGCAGCAACAUCCCCAUAUGGGCCAAGGCGGUCACUGA